UUUAAAAUUACUUUUGAUUAAAAUUUGUAGAAUCUUUAAAUUAAAAAUCCAGUUGUUAUUUUUGUGUAUUAAUCGAAUGGUUAUCUUAAAUCGCAAGUGUUAGUUAUGAAUGUGCAGGGAUACAAACUACUCCUGUAUGUUGUUUCAAACGACGGCGAUGACUGGGAAACUCCAAACGCACUAAUAAUUCCACUCAAAACUCCAAACUCAGAAGUUACUCUGGCAGAUAUACGUAAAUUGUUCCCACUUCCAGGAAAUUAUCAUUUUAGGACUAGAUAUAGACAUAAUAAUUCAUUUGUUUGGUUAGAUUUAACCAGAGAAGACGAGCCUCUACAAAGUGCAGAUAAUGUAUUCUAUAUGAAAGUUUUGAGACUUGGUAACGGCUCAGGAGGAGAAAAUUUUUGUAAAGUAAAAGCAAAUUUAAUAACUGAAACCGCUGCUGAAAACUUGAAUUUCGAUCUUAUAUAA